GGGUUGUCAGGCAGGUUAUAAGAGUUCGGGCCAAUUGGAGGCGCAGACACCCCUCGACCCGGGCGCAGCGCGCAGGCGGAGGCAAAAAGACGCCGGAGCGGGCCGAGUGCGGCCGAGCAAAGCCGGAGCCCGAACGGGACCGCAGGAGCCGGGCCGGGUCCGACGGGCCGAGAUGCCCUAUAAACUGAAGAAGGAGAAGGAGCUUUUUAUCCAGAAGCUACGCCAGUGCUGCGUCCUCUUUGACUUUGUGUCAGACCCACUCAGUGACCUCAAGUUCAAGGAGGUGAAACGAGCAGGACUCAACGAGAUGGUGGAGUACAUCACCCACAGCCGUGACGUUGUCACUGAGGCCAUUUACCCCGAAGCUGUCACCAUGUUUUCAGUGAACCUCUUCCGGACGCUGCCACCUUCAUCGAAUCCCACGGGGGCUGAGUUUGAUCCAGAGGAAGAUGAACCCACCCUGGAGGCAGCCUGGCCCCAUCUCCAGCUCGUGUACGAGUUUUUCUUACGUUUCCUUGAGUCUCCUGAUUUCCAGCCAAACAUAGCCAAGAAGUAUAUUGACCAGAAGUUUGUCCUUGCUCUCCUGGACCUCUUUGACAGUGAGGAUCCUCGAGAGCGGGAUUUCCUCAAGACCAUCCUGCAUCGCAUCUAUGGAAAAUUUUUGGGCCUCCGGGCUUAUAUCCGCAGGCAGAUUAAUCACAUCUUCUACAGGUUCAUCUAUGAGACGGAGCAUCACAAUGGGAUUGCCGAGCUCCUAGAGAUCCUGGGCAGCAUCAUCAAUGGCUUUGCCCUGCCCCUUAAGGAAGAGCACAAGAUGUUCCUUAUCCGUGUCCUGCUUCCCCUUCACAAGGUCAAGUCCCUGAGUGUUUACCAUCCCCAGUUGGCAUACUGCGUGGUACAAUUCCUGGAGAAGGAGAGCAGUCUGACAGAGCCGGUGAUUGUGGGACUUCUCAAGUUCUGGCCCAAGACCCAUAGCCCCAAGGAGGUGAUGUUCCUGAAUGAGUUGGAGGAGAUUCUGGAUGUCAUUGAGCCUUCAGAGUUCAGCAAAGUGAUGGAGCCCCUGUUCCGCCAGCUUGCCAAGUGUGUCUCUAGCCCCCAUUUCCAGGUGGCAGAGCGCGCCCUCUAUUACUGGAACAAUGAGUACAUCAUGAGCCUGAUAAGUGACAAUGCUGCCCGUGUCCUCCCCAUCAUGUUUCCUGCACUCUACAGGAACUCUAAGAGCCACUGGAAUAAAACAAUCCAUGGACUGAUCUACAAUGCCCUUAAACUGUUCAUGGAGAUGAAUCAGAAGCUUUUUGAUGACUGCACACAGCAAUACAAGGCAGAGAAGCAAAAGGGCCGGUUCCGAAUGAAGGAGAGAGAAGAGAUGUGGCAAAAGAUCGAGGAGUUGGCCCGGCUUAAUCCCCAGUAUCCCAUGUUCCGAGCUCCUCCACCACUGCCCCCCGUAUACUCGAUGGAGACAGAGACCCCUACAGCAGAGGACAUCCAGCUUCUGAAGAGGACGGUGGAGACAGAGGCCGUGCAGAUGCUGAAAGACAUCAAGAAGGAGAAAGUGCUGCUUCGGCGGAAGUCAGAGCUGCCCCAGGAUGUGUACACCAUCAAGGCACUGGAGGCACACAAGCGGGCGGAAGAGUUCCUAACUGCCAGCCAGGAGGCUCUCUGACCCCCUCACCUUCCCACCACAGGGCCACAGCCCACUUAGCCCUGGAAAGCUGCCCCAGCCCUCCACCCUCUGCUCCCCACUGGCUGACUUGGGGCAAGGCAGUGCCUCUCUAUCUACUCUAGGGUGAAGGAUGCAGGCACCUGAAGCAGGGAAACCCACAUGGUAUUCCCUCCUCUCCCCUAAAAUGUGUUCAUGUCUCCCUGUGGCUAGUGCCGACAGGUUGAGCUCUCAGAUGCUCAGACAACCUGGGGAUGCCUGGCCCCCUCCUGCUCCUCACCCACAGCUACCUAAAGCUGCUCUUGGAAACACACAGGAAUACAUAGCCCCUCUCUUCCCUUCACCCUCAUCUGAGCUCCCAGGUGUCUGUCCUUCCCUGCAGAGGUAUGUAGGGAGUAGCAGGAAAUUCUCACCAAAGUUACGUCAAGCCCCAUUGGCUCCUGGAGAGAGUAGCUGGAGGAGCACCCAGCCCCAAUAGCACAACUAAGCCCUCGGCCCCAGCAGUGUGCAGGCUGACAGGGAUGUACUAUUUCCUCUUUCCCCCCUGCCUGAUAGAAACAAAGAGUAUGGGGAAGUCAGAAAAAUACAGGCUGUGGACAAUAGGUGAUGAACACAGGGCCCCAGAUGGACCAAGGGGGUUGGUAAUGAACAAACUCCCUGCCCUUUCCCCCUUUUUGGUGAGCAGCAGCCCCAGGAGCAUAGACAUGGACGGGACCACCCUGGGGCUGACUGCUGUCCAGUGCUCUUGGAAAAAAGCAAGAGGGAAACAGGGAGCAGUGCCCCAAGCAUGGCUCUAUUUAUUUCCUCGUUUGUGCUGAUGCUGGGCAGGCCCUCACUUGUCCCUUUCAGGCACCUUGGCAAGUCAAGGGGCUGAGGAGGGCUGGACCUGGGUUCCAGGGCACAGGCAGUGCGCCUUUUGGCUGUGUACAUAGGGUGCUUUAUUCUCCACAGAGCGAUACAUGCUAAGGUGGGUUGGGUUUGAGCCGAUGUCCCCAUAUGUACAGAAUAAAGUGGGUCUCUGAGAAG